CUUUUGGUGUGGAUUAGUAGGUGGUGGCUUGCAGAGGAGCUACUUUUGUGAGCUCCCGCUGGCUACAUGAUGCCGCCCAGUACCAGACUCGCCAAGAUGGAGCUUCCAGGGCUGAAGAACAGCAGGAUCCAUUUGAGUUGGUUGCUGAUGAGCUAUCAAUUCUUGCAAAUAGACUACGGUCGAUGGUUGCUGCUGAGGUCCCUAAACUAGCAUCAGCUGCUGAAUAUUUCUUUAAAAUGGGAGCUGAGGGAAAAAGAUUCCGACCUACGGUUUUGUUGCUGAUGGCAUCAGCUCUGAAAUUCCCAAUAUCAGAAUCAACAGAUGGUGGAGUUUUCGGUCUAGUGGCAAGUAAGCUGCGCACGCGGCAGCAAAACAUUGCCGAGAUAACUGAAAUGAUCCACGUCGCAAGUCUAUUGCAUGAUGAUGUUCUGGAUGAUGCUGACACUAGGCGAGGUGUCAUUUCGUUGAAUUGCAUUAUGGGCAACAAGCUUUCUGUUCUGGCUGGUGACUUCCUCCUGUCUAGGGCAUGCGUGGCACUUGCGGCUCUUGGGAAUACAGAGGUGGUAUCUCUAAUGGCAACUGCGGUGGAACAUCUAGUCACUGGCGAAACUAUGCAAAUUUCAACAAGCAGAGAGCAACGGCGAAGUAUGGAAUACUACUUACAGAAAACAUACUACAAAACAGCAUCAUUGAUAUCAAAUAGUUGCAAGUCUGUUGCUAUUCUUGCUGGGCACACUGCUGAUGUUUCAUUGCUUGCAUACGAGUAUGGACGAAACCUGGGUCUAGCGUUCCAGUUGAUCGAUGAUGUUCUUGAUUUCACAGGCACAUCUGCAUCACUUGGAAAGGGUUCAUUAUCUGAUAUUCGUCAUGGAAUCAUUACUGCCCCGAUGCUAUAUGCAAUGGAAGAAUUCCCACAACUACAUGAUGUUGUUGACCAGGGUUUUGACAAUCCUGCAAAUGUUGAUCUUGCCUUGGACUACCUCCAGAAGAGCCAGGGUAUAGAAAGAACAAAAGAGCUUGCACGAGAACAUGUUAACCUUGCGAUCAAGGCCAUAGAAGCUCUCCCAGACAGUGACGAUGAAGAUGUUCUGAUUUCAAGGCGUGCUCUUAUUGAUAUCACACAGAGAGUCAUCACGAGGACAAAAUAGAAGGAUUAUUCACAAGGCAAAGAUAAGACAGAACAACGCCACAUGUGUAGACCACUUGGAAAAUUUUGCACGAGAAUUGGUCAUUGCAUUCUUUCCAUCGCCGAGGUUUCUUACAGCUUUAGGAUUAUAUUUCCUGGUAAUCAUCCUAGUUGGAGCUGUAGUGGUUUUUAGUUACUGUUGGAUAAGAAUAUGUGUAUUAGUUAGUAUACCACCGAUUGGCAAUUGCAAUGAUCACGUGAUCAUAAGACAGUAACAAUACAAAUGGAAGUAUUUAACAUGUUAUACGAGGGAAAAGUGGAGCUGCCUUGUUGGACAAGCUA